GCAUGACGCUGGACUCCUCGUGGGUCCUUGCACCUCGUCCGGGUCGUCCCGGACAUUUUUAGCGCCUUAAACGGCCAAAAUGUCGGUCUUUUUAAUUUUUUUAAUUUUCAAGGAUAAAUCUCUCGCCCCUGAAAGCGAACCUCCCGCCCCAACCCGUUGAGACAAAAACAAAUAAUAAAAAGAAAACAUCAAAAAUUUCAAAUAAUCUUCGGAAUAAUUUACUGUAAAUCACGAGGACGAGGAGCCUCUGUUUUGCAUUGUGUGUGUGUGUGUGUUUUUUUUUUUUUUUCAAAUUUUCUAGGUCGGUGAUACUGGUAAGCGUUCGAUAUUCUCUUCACGGUCGCUGCAAAUACCUACACUGUCCGUAUCGGAUCCGAUCCGAAAUUCAGAAAGCUAACAAACGAAUCUGAAUUCGACUGGAACCGGGAUUUGAGGCCGUUUUCUUUGAUUCCCAUUCAUUUUUCGCUGGAAGCCAAACAUUUUUGUUUUCUGGCUUUGUUUGAAUCCACAUUGAAUGCGGACUGCGGUGUGUUAUUCUGUACGGAUCUGACUGGAGCUUCCCUCGAUAGCUGCGUUUGGUUCAAUCCACCGUGACUUGAUUGCUUUGGUGAUUGAAAUUGUCGUUUUGAUUGCCAUUCUGUAUAUAAAAAAAACUAGUCUCAUUUGGUAUUUCCCUGGUUUAAUCUUGCGCAACUCGAGAUGGAUCCUUUAUCUACGAUCAGCGAAGAGCUCGCGGAGAUUGACGGACAAAUCGGCGACAUCUUCCGAGCAUUAUCAAAUGGAUUUCAGAAGUUGGAGAAGGUUAAGGACUCUAAUAGGCAAAGUAGGCAGUUGGAAGAACUCACAGAAAAGAUGCGCGAGUGUAAGAGGCUUAUCAAAGAGUUUGACAGAGAAGUCAAGGAUCUGGAGAGUAGAAAUGAUCUUGGCACUAACAAGAUGCUGAAUGAGAAAAAACAGUCAAUGAUCAAAGAGUUGAAUUCAUAUGUUGCUCUCAAAAAGCAAUAUGCAUCCAAUCUUGAAAACAAGCGAAUUGAUCUCUUUGAUGGGGGUACUGAAGGACAUGGGGAGGAAAAUGUCUUGCUAGCUUCGUCCAUGACAAAUCAACAGCUAGUAGAUAGUGGAAACCGGAUGAUGGAUGAUACUGAUCAAGCUAUUGAGAGGUCAAAAAAGGUUGUUCAUGACACUAUCAAUGUUGGAACUGAGACUGCAGCAGCCCUAAAGGCUCAGACUGAACAAAUGAGUCGGGUUGUCAAUGAGCUGGAUUCUAUCCAUUUCUCAAUCAAGAAAGCUUCUCAACUUGUUAAGGAACUUGGUAGGCAGGUUGCAACUGACCGUUGUAUCAUGGCACUACUCUUCCUUAUUGUCAUUGGAGUUGUAGCCAUUAUUAUUGUUAAGCUUGUGAACCCAAACAACAAGGACAUCCGGGAUAUUCCUGGAUUAGCCCCGCCAGCGAUGACUCGGAGAUUACUUUGGAAUGCUAGUUAAAUGUUAGAAAGGGAUUAUCACACGAGGUUGAGGAUGAUUUUGCCAUCUGAUUGGAUGGAUGGAUUCUGUCGGCGGCACCCAUUAUACAGAAUUGGUCUAUUUGAGUUGUGGAUUUAUGAGUUUUCCGAGAGUUUGGUCAACUUUCCUGAGUGCAAGCUAGUCCCCUCAAAACUGUCGCUUAUUAGUUCGAUUAGAAGUGUUCUAUUUGAUUAUUUAUUCGCCUUGACUGAAAUAUAAUUUGUAUUCAACAGAAACUCAAAAUUGUGUAGAUUGUGUUGUUUCAAACCAUGUAUUGUUACACUUGUAAGA